AUGCUGAAGCUUGAAGAUCUCACGCGAGCCGAUAUUAAGAGCUAUGUGGAACAUGAAAUCGAUUCUCUCUCCACCCCCCCCCCCCAAAGAUACGACCUUGAUAUCCUUAACGUUCCUCCUAUUUCGAAAGUUAAGCUGUGGGGUUCUAAGGAGUUAAAUAGAGUCCGCGGAGGACGACUGAGGAGCCGGUGCUGGGGCCUUGUGCAGCUGCGACUUCCCUAUAUCAAAUAUGACGAUAACGAGACUCCACCUAUUACUUCUGCGCAUUUUAUGCACAAGACUGUUCUCGAAUUCCUGAACAUUCCCGAGACUUGGACUUCAGGACCAUUGACUGUUCCAGAUGAUGGAUUUGACACAUGCGCCGUACUGGCUUUCAUCUCUACAUAUCUUAUCUAUAUAUACGCGAAGCAGCAAAGAAUGAGUGCUUGGCAGGAGCAAAUACGGCGAUUCGUUAGCAAUUGCUCACAUUCCGGUGACACUGCGACGCUGUUCAUGGAAGCCAUCUUGACCGUCUCCUUGAGGAGGCAAGAAACACCAAAGGUCCGCAUCCGAUAA